CCGGGAGCCGAGCGGAGCGGGGCCGGCGGCGGCGGCAGCGGGCGGGUGGGGAGGUGCCGGGAUCGCAGUUCCCCUCGGGGGAGGCGGCCGGAGGGGACGGCGCGGGAGAGCGGAGCUGCCCGAGGAGCCAUCCGCACCGCUCUCUCCGCGCCUCCACCGGCGAAGAGAGUCCGAGGGGAGCCGGGGGCCGCGGGGUAGCCAGCGGGGGUCCGGCUCCCCCUCCCAGCCGACGGGAGGGGGGCGAAGAGGGCCGUCUCCCACUUUGGCGAACACUUUGGCACUUUGCUGGACCCGGAGCAGGAAGGGGUGGAAAUAUGGGGAAAGUUGGAAGUUGCCUGGUGACUUUGGCCGGACUUUUGCUGGCGGCGGGAGCGCAGACGUUUACAGGAUGCUGUACUUUCGAUGAGCCAUUUAGCACCUGUGGCUACAGUCAGUCAGAUGAUGAUGAUCUUAACUGGGACCAGGUGAACACGCUGACAAAACCCUCCUCAGAUCAAUGGAUGCCUUCUGGUUCUUUCAUGUUGGUGAAUACAUCUGGGAGAUAUGCAGGACAGAAAGCUCACCUCCUGAUGCCCCAUCUAAAAGAAAAUGAUACGCAUUGUAUUGAUUUCCACUAUUAUGUUUCAAGCAAGAGUGGAUCUAGCCCUGGCACUUUGAAUGUGUAUGUGAAAGUUAACGAUGGACCUAUUGGUAACCCAGUGUGGAACACAUCUACUACUAGUACUUGGAACAGAGCAGAACUGGCAAUUAGCACUUUCUGGCCCAAUUUUUAUCAGGUUGUUUUUGAAGUGGUAACUUCAGGUCACCCUGGAUAUGUGGCCAUUGAUGAAGUGAAAGUUUUAGGACAUCCGUGUACAAAAACUCCCCAUUUCUUGCGUCUUCAGAGUGUGGAAGUCAAUGCAGGACAAUUUGCUACUUUUCAAUGCACUGCCAAUGGUAAAUUCACUACAAGUGACAGACUUUGGUUACAGGGUAUUUACGUGAGGGAUGCACCUUUGAAGAACAUAAAAGUGUUCAAUGUUCGACGAUUUGUAGCUCUUUUUAAUGUGGUAAAUGCCACGAAGCGGGAUGCUGGCAACUAUCGCUGCAUGAUUCGAACAGAAGGAGGGGUUGGAGUAUCGAACUAUGCAGAACUAAUAGUGAAAGAGCCACCAGUUCCUAUUGCUCCACCUCAGCUGUCCUCGGUUGGUGCAACUUACUUGUGGAUACAGUUGAAUGCCAAUUCUAUCAAUGGAGACGGACCCAUUAUUCAAAGGGAAGUUGAGUAUCGAACUUCAAGCGGAAGCUGGUAUGACAUACAACCUGUGGACUCCACGAGCUAUAAGAUUGGACACCUGGAUCCUGACACUGAGUAUGAGAUCAGCGUGUUACUUACAAGACCAGGCGAAGGAGGAACUGGAUCUCCCGGGCCAGCUCUCAAAACAAGAACAAAAUGUGCUGAUCCAAUGCGUGGGCCACGGAAAUUAGAGGUUGUGGAGAUCAAGUCUAGGCAAAUCACUAUUUGCUGGGAGCCAUUUGGAUAUAACGUUACGCGUUGCCAUCGGUACAACCUCACAGUCCAUUACCGUUACCAGGCUGGAGGACAAGAGCAAGUGAGAGAAGAAGUAAGCUGGGAUACAGAAAGUUCACAUCCACAGCACACCAUUACUAAUCUUUCACCAUAUACAAAUGUCAGCAUCAAAUUAGUACUAAUGAAUCCCGAAGGACGAAAAGAAAGCCAAGAACUUGUCGUACAAACUGAUGAAGAUGUUCCAAGUGCUGUACCACUUGAAUCCAUUCAAGGGAGUACCUUUGAAGAGAAGAUUUUUCUUCAGUGGAGAGAGCCAGUGCAAACAUAUGGUGUCAUUACUUUGUAUGAGAUCACCUACAAAGCAGUCAGUUCCUUUGACCCAGAAAUAGAUUUAUCCAAUCAAAGUGGACGAGUCUCAAAGCUAGGAAAUGAAACGCACUAUCUCUUUUUUGGAUUGUAUCCCGGCACUACCUACUCUUUUACCAUCAGGGCCAGCACAGCUAAAGGCUUUGGACCUCCAAUCACAAAUCAGUUCACCACUAAAAUAUCAGCACCCUCUAUGCCACCAUAUGAACUCGAGACACCUUUGAAUCAAACUGACAGCACUGUGACAGUCUUACUGAAACCUGCACAGAGCAGAGGCGCUCCUGUCAGUGUCUACCAAAUAGUUGUUGAAGAGGAACGCCCUCGGAGGACCAAAAAGACAACUGAGAUCCUAAAGUGCUACCCAGUGCCCAUUCAUUUCCAAAAUGCCUCACUUUUGAAUUCCCGGUACUACUUUGCUGCAGAGAUUCCAGCCAAUGGCUUACAAGCUGCUCAGCCUUUUACUAUUGGUGAUAACAAAACCUACAGUGGCUUCUGGAAUACUCCUCUUCUUCCUCAUAAGAGCUACAGCAUCUAUUUUCAAGCUGCUAGCAGAGCCAAUGGGGAAACCAAGAUUGACUGUGUCAGGGUAGCCACAAAAGCUGCGAUAAUCGUGACUCAGCUUACAACACCAUACAUUCGCAUCGCCCCUGCUGCAGGCGACGACCAACUAACAGGGGCUGCUACUCGAAAACCAGACCCAGAGCCUGAGAAGCAGACCGACCAUACUGUUAAAAUUGCUGGAGUCAUUGCAGGCAUCUUGCUGUUCGUCAUUAUAUUUCUGGGGGUUGUGCUGGUAAUGAAGAAAAGAAGAAGCUAUCACUCCUACACUUACUACCUAAAAUUGGCUAAAAAGCGAAAAGAGACAUUGAGCAGUACGCGGCAGGAAAUGACAGUGAUGGUGAAUUCAAUGGAUAAAAGCUACACUGAGCAAGGCACCAACUGUGAUGAAGCUUUCUCUUUCAUGGACACACACAAUCUAAAUGGGAGAUCUGUAUCUUCACCAUCUUCAUUUACAAUGAAAACUAAUACACUGAGCACGACAGUGCCUAACUCUUAUUACCCAGAUCCAUUUGUGCCAACUGCAAUUUUAGAUGAAACCCAUACGAUGGUCAGUGACACAAGCAGCCUGGUUCAAUCCCAUACCUACAAGAAGCGAGAUCCAGCGGAUGUGCCCUACCAGACUGGACAGCUUCAUCCAGCCAUCCGUGUAGCUGACUUACUGCAGCACAUCACCCAAAUGAAGUGUGCAGAAGGCUAUGGAUUUAAAGAGGAGUAUGAAAGUUUCUUUGAAGGACAGUCUGCACCGUGGGAUUCAGCUAAGAAAGAUGAGAACAGAAUGAAAAAUAGAUACGGGAAUAUCAUUGCAUAUGAUCAUUCUCGAGUGAGAUUGCAGCCCAUUGAAGGAGAAACAAACUCUGAUUACAUCAAUGGAAAUUAUAUUGAUGGUUAUCACAGGCCGAAUCACUACAUUGCUACACAAGGACCGAUGCAGGAGACAAUAUAUGACUUUUGGAGAAUGGUAUGGCAUGAGAACACAGCCAGCAUAAUCAUGGUUACUAAUCUCGUGGAAGUGGGAAGGGUUAAGUGCUGCAAAUACUGGCCAGAUGACACAGAGAUAUAUAAAGACAUUAAAGUUACCCUAAUAGAAACAGAGCUCCUCGCUGAAUAUGUGAUUCGAACAUUUGCAGUAGAAAAGAGAGGUGCUCAUGAGAUUCGAGAAAUUCGUCAGUUUCAUUUCACUGGUUGGCCAGACCACGGCGUGCCGUACCAUGCGACAGGCCUGCUGGGAUUUGUACGGCAGGUCAAGUCCAAGAGCCCGCCAAACGCUGGACCUCUGGUGGUUCACUGCAGUGCUGGCGCUGGCAGAACCGGGUGCUUCAUCGUUAUUGACAUCAUGCUAGAUAUGGCAGAAAGAGAAGGUGUUGUAGACAUAUACAAUUGUGUGCGAGAGCUUCGAUCUCGGAGAGUUAACAUGGUGCAGACAGAGGAACAGUAUGUAUUUAUCCAUGAUGCUAUCCUGGAAGCCUGUCUUUGUGGAGACACUUCUAUUCCAGCUUCUCAAGUUAGGUCUGCUUACUAUGAAAUGAAUAAAUUGGAUCCUCAAACUAACUCCAGCCAGAUCAAAGAGGAAUUUAGGACGUUAAAUAUGGUGACUCCGACGCUGCGUGUGGAAGACUGCAGUAUAGCACUUUUACCACGAAAUCAUGAAAAGAAUCGCUGUAUGGAUGUCCUGCCUCCAGACAGAUGCCUGCCUUUCCUCAUAACGAUAGAUGGGGAGAGCAGCAACUACAUUAAUGCUGCACUGAUGGAUAGCUACAAGCAACCAUCAGCCUUUAUAGUUACGCAGCAUCCCUUGCCAAAUACUGUCAAAGAUUUCUGGAGACUGGUCCUAGAUUAUCACUGUACUUCAAUAGUUAUGCUGAAUGACGUGGAUCCAGCCCAAUUGUGUCCUCAGUACUGGCCAGAAAACGGAGUACACCGACAUGGUCCUAUUCAGGUGGAGUUUGUAUCAGCUGAUUUAGAAGAAGACAUCAUCAGCCGGAUAUUCCGAAUUUACAAUGCAGCCAGACCCCAGGACGGCUAUCGGAUGGUGCAGCAGUUCCAGUUCCUGGGAUGGCCCAUGUACAGGGACACACCAGUUUCCAAACGCUCGUUCUUGAAGCUCAUCCGCCAGGUGGAGAAGUGGCAGGAGGAGUACAACGGGGGAGAGGGACGCACAGUUGUCCAUUGCUUGAAUGGAGGUGGCCGCAGUGGGACGUUUUGUGCAAUCAGUAUUGUUUGUGAAAUGCUUCAACAUCAGAGGGCUGUUGAUGUAUUCCAUGCUGUGAAGACACUGAGAAAUAAUAAGCCUAACAUGGUGGACCUUCUGGAUCAAUAUAAAUUCUGCUAUGAAGUGGCUUUGGAAUACUUGAAUUCUGGCUGAUGGCAUAAACAGCGCAGACACUGUUCCUCCCUCCACCACCACAAACAAAGCAAGUCGUUUCAUGAUAUCUGUGUCAAUGAGAUGAAGACUUCUCAGUGUUACGCUUCUACUGCUUUGUAUAACUGGCUCUUUUUAAGAGCCCAAAGAGAUGUUUAUAAAACUGCUUGCACUGCCCAUUUUCCACUAUUAAUGCCGCUGCUUGACACCCAUAUGAGCGUACACCAAACCACAUGGCGGUCGUUGAACACUGUAUUCAUAUGUAGCCAUCGGUGUGGUGAAGCAGCAUAGUCCUCUGGUAAAUAAGAGAGCACAAUUAUAUUCUUAUGAAGGAAUUUGUACUCUUCGUUCUAUUUUGUCGCCUGUGAUUCUCAGUUAUUGUCAUGGCCUAGUGUACAUUUCUGUUCUGUGGAGGAUGCUAUCUGGCAUUUUGAUAAUAUAUGAUUUUAGUUAUAUUUGCAUUCUAACACGUGCAUAAUAAAUGAAUCAUAUGUAGCUUAUUUGAACUAAUGGAAAGACAUGUACCAAAUCAUGUUAACUUUUUUGAGUUGUAAUUUCUAUCCACUUUGUACCAUUUCAGAGAGAGAAUCUUGGUAGAAAUGCAGUUAGACAAAUGCAAAAUACAGGAUGCUCAGAUUAAUAUAUCCAAAGCUUUUUCAUUUGUUUAUAUUGUAAAUAUUUUUUGAUUUCAUCAAAUUAUUUAUUCAUUAAAAUGAAUUUUUUUGUGAAGCACAGUGAGUGACAAUCAUUUUUAUUAAGCCCUGGAAAUGCUUACUGUAUGAUAAUGUAAACAUUUGUUUACCUUGUAUGGAUUCUCAGCUCAAUAAAUGAUUAUACAUGAUAAAAUCUUGUUAUUUAAUACCUCUUGGCAUCUGAGUGCCUUCCAGUAAAUCUCUUUUGACUUUAAUUCCUCUGAAUACUGAGCUACUCCAAAGCAUCUUUUUGUGUGAUCUAGUUUUGAUCCAGCCAAUAGGAAGAAGGAUGUGCCAUGCCACUAUAUAAAAAGAAGAGGUGAGUUGGAUGAAUUAAGAUACACAUACACAAAUGGAAGACCUGAAAGUUCUGCUGCUCGGUGAAGAAGAGCUGAUGUUGGUUUGGCAUGCAGUACUCAGCACUCAGUCUUGUCACAGAGGCGUGUUACGCCUCACUUUCAUGGAUGCAGUGCAAGAGGCACAGCAGCAAAGAGGACUGAACCAGCAAUGGCUUGCUGCACUGUCCUUUGGGAUUCCAGAUCUUUCUCUCUCACCCAGCAGUACCAAGGAGACAUUGCAGGCAGAGCAACUGCUCAGUACUGAACCCUUCCAGAGCUGUAUGGAAACCCAGAGCAAGGAGGUUGCAGACUGCUCAGUAUUUCAGCUCUUAAAAAGAUUAUUUUAACAUGCGAGCCGUCUGGGAUGGGGUCCAGUAUCGAUAUAAGCGUAUCAAAGUCAAAAUGUUUUGAGAGCCUUUAAAUCUAAGAGGUAUCCAGCCUGGAUAGAAUGAUACAAAGCUUGUCAAGUGCCAGUUCCAAAUCACUGCAAAAUUCAGAUCUGAAGACAUGAGGAUUGGCUUCCUCUGCAGCUGGAAAGCAUCUAUUUUACAAGAAAAUUGCUUUAAAAUGUAGCUGACAGCUACAGGCCAUUGCUGUAAACUGCAGAGAAGUACUGAAGAACUUAGGAAAAACAACCCCAGCUCCUAGAAGAAUGGCUGUGCUUGGGUGAGCCUUGUAGCACUACAGCCCAUUGCAGGAUAUGCUCUGAUUCACGUGGAAACCUCAAAUAUUGUAUUCCUCCAAGCAGUUUGACAGACCCGGUAUACCUGCCAAGCACAGUUCUCUGUGAUUAUUAAAGAUUACUAAAAAAUUUAUUUCCAGUAUCUAGUCAUUGAAAUAUGCAUACAUGUGUCUAAUAUUACCUGAUGAUUCGAAGAACUUUAAGGCAGCUAAGCAUGCUGAAGAAGUGCUGAGACUGAAAGUGACAUAGGCAACAUGAUCCCAAACUUGAGCAAGAUUUCUUGAAAUGCAGCAAGAAUUUUGGCAAUCUCCCAAGGACAGAAACUGCCACUAUUAUUUGAGAUGUUGCACUCUUCAAGACUUGCUUUGUCACAGGUAGGUCUUGGGGAAUGAGGGGUUAAAGAUGGCAGAAGAGAGUUCUACAGGUUUUUAAUUUCUUUACUGAUGAUAUCACUGAUUUUUUUUGUUCUUCUUCUGGCACAGGCAUAGUCAAACCACUCUGAACUUCAGUGCCUUCAAAUGGGAGCCAGCUCAGGAAAAUAGUAAGUCACUUUGUGUCUUCACCCUCCUACUACAGUUAUUAAUAUGAAUUACAAAAAUCCAGGUUCCGGUGAAGUAUUUUGGCAAGAAGAAGAAAAAAAAAAAAAAAGCAAGAUGAGGUCUUCAGGAGCCAGGGGUAGAGAAAAAGUAAGGAAUAAGAAAGGAGCAGAAAGAAGAGGUUAACAUGGAGGGUAGAUAUUCAAGAAGUAGCAUGGAGCUUCUGAAGGUUACCUGGAGGAUACUAUUGCAGAGGAAGCAAAAGAAAGAAAACUACAGUGACAGCCAUUUCAGGUGUUCAUAAACCAACUUCCCUUUUUAGUGGUACAUUAUGAAAUCACUAGUCCAAACAAACGUACGAAGAACAUCAAUCCUAGUUUGUGAGGAACAGAGGAAGGAUGUUUUCUUCAAUCCCUGGUGUAUAAGUGGCACAUAAAUGAAUAAACACUUCAAAUGGUUGGCCGUAUGUAUUACCCAAUCCAUCAUCUGUCCAGGACUUGAGGUGGUUGAUUUUUGUUAAGUUCUUCUGAAAGAGCAGCAGUGCUGAUGGGGAGAGGAUAUGACAUUCAGGUAUCUCUGUCUUUUUAGCAGCAGUGCUCCUUGCACCUUCCUGGGCUUCUUCAUCAGCAAAAUGAGUCAAUGACUGUCCAAAUAGUUUCAUAGAGUACUAAUGCAAAGCUUAAGGACUGUGUACAGUAAAAUUUGAAAACAAAGAAUAGAAAAUAGGAUUCACAGUAAAAUAUGCCUUACCACACAGCUAUACAUGCUCAGCCUCCUAUUUUGUUAUGUUGACCCACAACAUCGAAGGCAGAUGUUAGUGGUAUGGUAGUACAGGGUGGACCUUCCCACCAAUAUUGUUACAUUUUGUUGCCAUGUGACAGAUGGCAGCAGCAGGGCAAUCUGAUAGAAUGGCAUCUGACGUGGAAGUGCAGAUGAAGAAAAGAUGUGUCAUUGAAUUCCUUCACAUGGAAAAAAAUUGUUCCUAUUGACAUUCAUCCAUGCUUGCUGAAUGUUUAUGGAGACCAAAUAGUGGGUGUAAGCACAGUGAGGAGGUGGGUGUCAUCACAGCAGUGGUCACAGUGACUUGAAAGACAAGCCACAUUCCUGACGGCCAUGCACAGCUGUCACAUCAUGAAAUGAAGAAUUUCUCAAUCAGCUCAUCCACAUUAAAUGGCAGAUUAGGAGCAUGGAACUGUGUACAGAGCUAAAUAACAGAGCUUCAAUGCAUUGGAAACAAUGGUCUCAGUGUUGGAAUACUGCAACAUCUGCAACAGGUAGGUCCCUCAGGUACUUGCACAGGAACAAAAACAACACUGUAAGAAAGCUCGUCAGGACCUGUAGAACAAAUGUGAGGCUGAAGGUGACAGUUUUCUAGGUCAUAUCAUUUACCAGUGACAAGAUGUAGUGUCACCACAAUGAGCUGGAGUCAAAAUGGCAAUCCAUGGAAUGAUGACGUGUAAAGUCCCCACUGAAGAAAAAGUUCAAGACACAGCCCUAAGCCAGUAAAGUGAUGUGCACUGUAUUUUGGGAUAGCAAAGGGGUGAUUCUUCUGGAUUUCCUUGAAACUAGAUAAACCAUCAACUCUGACUGCUGUGUCACAGCACUGAUUAAGCCAAAGGCUCAAACUUUCAGAGGAGAAGACAACCAUUCUUUUGUGGCACAAUAACACCAGACUUCAUGCCAGUUUGAAGACUGGAGCACACUGGCAGUCUUGGUUGGACUGUCCUACCACACUCAACAUAUCAUCUGGAUCUGUUGCCUUUUGACUUCCAUCUGUGUAGGCCAAUGAAAGAUGGACUGCAUGGGCAACAUUUUCCUAGUAAUAACGUCAUUGUAACAGCUGUGAAACUGGGUAACCUCUGCUGGUACAGAUUUUUUUGAGUGCGACAUGCAGGCUCUUGUUCAUUGCUGACAAAAAUGCAUAAGCAAGUGGUGGUGACUGUGUUGAAAAAUAAUAUUCUGUAGUUGAGAAUUCAAUCUAUCAAAUAGUGUUGUUGUGCUUUUUGUAUCCCUUGUAGUUUCCAUGGAAAUAAAUAAGA